GCCGAAGACGUCGGCUCGGUCAUGUGAUCAGCUGUGUCCAAUCACAGCUGAUCACAUAGGGGACAUGUACACUGAACAUCAGGUCACUGAUGAUCAGUGUAGCCCCAGCAGUGCCACCUGUCAGUGUCCAUCAAUGCCAACUGUCAGUGCCCAUCAAUGCCACACAGCAGUGCCUACCAGUGCACAUCAAUGCCACAUAUCAGUACCCUUGUGAGCUGCCUUUCAGUGCCACCUAUCAGUGCUGCCAGUCAGUGCCACAUAUCAGUGCUGCCAGUCAGUGCCAUCUAUCAGUGCCAAUCUGUGCCGCC